AUGGAUCAGGCAAAGUUGGCUAGAAUGCAGCAGAGCGUGCGGAUUGCUAAAGCUAACAUAACCUUUCUCACUCUGACAGGAGGCAAGGGUACUCCCCGCCGCAAGGUCAAGAAGGUCCACAAGUCCUCCGGUGCCGACGACAAGAAGCUCCAGGCCACCCUGAAGAAGAUGAACGUCCAGCCCAUCCAGGCCAUCGAGGAGGUUAACAUGUUCAAGGAGGACGGAAACGUCAUCCACUUUGGUGCUCCUAAGGUCCACGCCUCCGUCCCCUCCAACACUUUCGCCCUCUACGGCAACGGCGAGGAGAAGGAACUCACCGAGCUCGUCCCCGGUAUCCUGAACCAGCUUGGCCCCGACAGCCUUGCUUCCCUCCGCAAGCUCGCCGAGAGCUACCAGAACAUGCAGAAGAACCAGGCCGGCGCUGACGGCAAGAAGGACGAUGAGGAGGAUGAUAUCCCCGAUCUCGUUGAGGGCGAGAACUUCGAGAGCAACGUCGAGUAA